GGGCCCGGACGCGCACGAUCCUAGCGCUCCGCAUCGAUUGAACUCUUACCGCGAUCGCGCUAUGUCGCCCUAUACGCGUCACACUUAUGUGUUUGAAUAUUUGUUUUCUUCAUUCGUAAAUGGUCAUAGCCCGGAAAGGCUCCAGUGAUUUAAAUUUAACAUUGUGUUAGACUGUUGAACGUUUUUUAUUUCAAUUCGUAAAUCGAGUGGUUAUUUUAUUUAAGACUGAGACACGACGAUGGUGUCGGAAGGGGCUUUGCCCGUUGUUUGGUGUAUGCGCGAUAACCAGCUUGUGCCUCACCAAGUAUCCGGUGUUAAGUUACAAGGUGCAGUUACUGGAGCACAUAUAGCUGCUGUUUCGGACUUUUUACGUAUGGUAGCAGGUACACCGAUAAUAUUACAGCCGCCAGUAGUACACAACAAUAUUGAUAAUGAAAUUAGCAAAGAUAAUACAAUCAGACGUCGCAAAAUGUCGAUGCAACUGGAGGUUCCUUGUGUCUUUCUCUCCGAAAGUGCUUUGCAAAAAGCAAAAUGCCGCCAUAAUUCCUUAGAUGAACAGGUAAUAUUUGAAAAUUGUAGUACAUCUACCACAAAAAAUAUUGAUGUAGACCAAUUAUCAAACACCAAAAUAAAAAAUCCUAGAUAUGAGGAUCGACACGGAUCUGAUAAAGACAUGUUUCCCAAAGAAUUACGAGAAUCAUUGAAUUAAAUGAUACGACCAAUGAAUCUGAUAAGGAACCGUUACAAAGAAUAACAAAAAUUAUAGAAUUUGAAAAUGAUAAA